CAGUAAGGUACAUACAUAUUAAUAAACCAAGACCUAAGUACCUGUGUGAAAUUGUAGCUUAGUUAAACAAGUAAACCUGCAUGCAUGGUAAGGGGUUCCAAGAGUCAAUAUAUUCUAGUAGUCAUGAAUAUUUGGUACCUGCAGCCUUUGAAGCAGCAGCUGAACAUUGUCCUAUAGCUUAGUCUCUCCAAGAUCUUCUGAUUAUUCUGCUGUAAAUCUUGCCUAUGACUAUCAGCACCAACCUCAAGGCAAUGUCAGUGGUCCUCCUCUGUUUAUCAUGCAUGGCUUAAUGGGAUCAUCCUCUAACUGGGCUUCCUUAUCAAAAGUUUUAGCAAAAACAGGUAGAAAGAUCAUUAGGUUAGAUGCUCGUAACCAUGGUGAUAGUCCACACAGUGAAAACAUGUCUUAUGAGGUAAUGUCAUUGGAUGUUUUGAAAGUGAUGGAUGACUUACAGAUAGAGAAAGCCUGCCUUAUGGGCCACAGCAUGGGAGGAAAAGCAUUCAUGACAACAGCCUUGCUUCAUCCUGAGCGAGUAUCUAGUCUAAUUGUGGUAGAUGUUUCUCCUGCCCCUAGUCCUGGUGCUAAAUACUUUCCAAGCUACUUAGAGUGUAUGUUGAAGAUCAGCACCAGACUACCGGAGCUAGAAGGGAUGUCUCUGACCAAGGCCAGGGCCAUUGUGGUAGAUACUCUGAAGGAGGUGGAAGAGCACUUGGGUGUCCGUCAGUUUUUGGCUGCUAAUCUGACCCAGGUGAAUGGUCGGCUGAAAUGGAGGGUGAACCUUGAUGCCAUUAUAAAUAACUACCAGGAACUGGCCAGUUUUCCAAAGUUUGACGCUAAGUAUGAAGGACCCACUUUGUUUGUUGGGGGAGAGAGAUCUCAAUACAUCAGUCCAAGCACAAAACCUGAUAUAAUGAACCUCUUCCCUAAUGCUGUAAUAGAACAUAUCCCACAAGCAGGCCAUUGGGUGCAUUCAGACAAUCCAGCACAAUUCCUGGAGUGUGUUCUAAAAUUUCUCAAUGCUGAAGCAAAAAGACUGUCAUCUGAAAAUAUUCCAAGCUGACUUUAGAAUACAAACUAUUUCAUUUGCAUUUUAAAUAUUCAGUGCCAAGAUAUGUAUGCUUUUAAUUGAAAAUGAAUAUAGAGGUACCUCAUUUUCUUUUUAUUACAUCUUAUUUAAAUUUAUACAAUUUUACCUCAGUGCUCAUCGAUACUGUUCAUGCAUUGUGUUGUUAUUAAAUGUUUUUGAGUUUUA